UCUCAGCACCUUCCCUCUGAGAGUCCUUUCCACACUGUUAGCUACUGACAGCUACGUUUUCUUGCCCAUUCUACAGAUUUUGAUGAAGCUCGACUGGGCUGAAGGUGAUAUAUGAUUAUGACUAAGUCUGAAAAUAAAAGAUUCGGUGAUUUAUAUGUUAGAUACACCGAGUUGACACCAAGUACAGCUCUUGUUCUUUUUAAUUACCCUUUCUUUAAUACCCCGUUCAUUCACAGGGUGGACAGAUGCAGAACGAUCGGCGGCAGUAAAAGCUUCCCUUUCCACACAAUAUGGAAAUCUACUCAUUUGGGUUUUUUUUUUAUUUCGCAACUUUAAGCAUUCAGUCACUUAAUCAUCUUUUCCGGAGUUAGUGUUUCCCGAUUGUACGUCAGAGUCACAUGCUAGCUGCACAUCUGACAGGUUACUGGUCCUGUUACGGUUUCUAUCCUGACUCUGGAGCCGUUGUGUCCCUACAGUAACGGAGCAGACAACAGAGUCAGUGAUGUGAGAUUCAGAGUGGAAAAUAAAGACAAAAUAAUAUAAAGAUAGACAUGAAACUUCUCACGAUGUGUGUUGAGAGGUGGAGGUGAAGCCAGAGCAAUAUCUCAGUACUACAGUAUGGUUCAUUACCAUGACUGAUAUUCUGGACGUCAUCUUUAUCAGCACUUGUUUUUUUUUGUUGUUGUUUUUUUUUACAGUAAUUUUACUUCUUACUUUUGUUUGUUGAUUGUAUUUUUUUUUUCUUCCUUCCAAGGAAAUGCAGAAAUCUGCUCUCCUGAAAAACUCAAGUGUGUGGACAAAGCGUUGGAGCUAUUGCAGAAGAGUUCAGGUGAGUUCUCAUGUGCAUGUGAGACUCCCUGUAAUCUGACACGUUACGGCAAAGAGCUUUCCAUGGUAAAGAUUCCCAGUAAAGGUUCUGCGCGAUACCUGUCCAGAAAAUACCACAAGUCAGAGGAUUACAUCAGAGACAACUUUCUCAUUCUGGACAUUUUCUUUGAAGCUCUGAACUAUGAGACGAUCGAGCAGAAGAAAGCCUACGAUGUUGCUGGGUUAUUAGGUGAUAUCGGAGGACAGAUGGGACUGUUCAUUGGAGCGAGCAUCCUCACCGUCCUCGAGAUUCUAGACUAUAUUUAUGAGGUGAUUAAGUUCAGGUUACAGCGAGUGUUGAGGCCACAGAAGGAAGAAAAACGACCACAGCAACAAUCCAGCACUGUAGCUACAGUCAACGUGCAGGACACAAAGACAAAGGAAGCCAGUGAGCAUACGGAGAGAAAUGCAGAGGGUGCAACAUUCACCAAAACCUUCCUCCCAAACCACCACCAUCAUCUGCAUCAUCAUCAUCACCUUAGUCAUCAAAAUGAGGACUUCGCCUGCUGACCAACACUAUGGAUCAUCUCUCUCUCUCUCUCUCUCUCUCUCUCUCUCUCUCUCUCUCUCUCUCUCUCUCUCUCUCUCUCUCUGAUCUUCUUUUCACCAGUUAAAGCUCCAGCCAAAGCUCACCUUCUACACCUGUGCUUGGAAUGGACAGUGUGUGUGUGUGUGUGUGUGUGUGUGUGUGUGUGUGUGUGUAUGUGUGUGUAUGUGUGUGUGUGUUAAAGAUCUGAGUGCUAGAUGUCUGGAUGAGAUGUUCUAGAGUGCUGGAGCAGUUUGAGUGCCGGCUCAGGACAUUAAUCAGAGCUUUCUCCAGCUGCUCUCCGUCUCCUCUGUUUUCUCUAUAAGUUUAAGCUGUCCUGUAAAAUUCCCCUUCAGUCACUGGGACACGAUUUGGUCAGUGCUGGACACAAACGUCUUCUCGCUGUAUAACUUAGCGAGUGUGUAUCAGAGCAGUAGUGUAUAUUUGUCUCUGUAGGAGACUAAACACAGUGUUUAUAUUCAACUGUUUAUGAUGAAUCACUUAAUCUGUAUUAAAGAUCUU